GCAACAAUAUCAGCAUGCUCCCCUAGUAAACAAUAGUCCUGGGAUAGCCCGAUCCCUUAAAAUACAACGGGUGUUUGUCUCUUGAUUUACUCCGUCUUCACUUCCUAACAUCAUCACACAUGCAUUCGCCCCCUGUAACUUCAUCACGUCCAUUCGCACCAAGACCCUUCCCUCCUCCAUCCCUCACUGAUGUCCCUCAUGAAUAUAUCGUCGACCAGCUCAGAACUCUCGCGUCUCACUACUGGGAUAGGCCCCAGACCGCAGAUUGUACCAUCAUCGUACCUGUUCCACAUCAUCGACCACGUCCAGCAAAUGAUUCCCCAACCACUUCGUCAGACUCUUCACCGGAGCCCUCACCGAGUAUUCAGGUAGACACUGGAAGACGGGUCACAGAACCUACUAUCCAUGCCGUACCUCGAAUGAAGUUAAGAUUACAUAUGGACUACCUCUCUUCGCAUUCAACGUUAUUACGAGGUCUCUUCAGUGGUGCAUCGCCCAAUGAUCUCAUUCACACUGGCGCCACUCAACCCCGACCCCGACAUCCUCCCCUGCAUGUUCCAGACAGCCGUCUUCCUUCUCUUCUACCUUCUCCGCCGUCGCACCCUACUCUAUUUCUCCCCGUUCCUGAUCCAUCCUCCAUACGUCUCAUUUUUCAUUGGAUGUACUUUGGGCAGACGACGCUCAUGGAAGACUGUCUAAAUCGGGGUGUCAUCCACUGGGAGGGGAUCGCGCGCAACGUGGAGUACUUGGGGCUUCCCACAGAUAUAAAAGUGUUCCUGGGGCGGUGGUACAGGAACUGGCUUCUUCCGGCUCACAGCCGGGGCGGUUAUGCGACCUAUUCGCUCACGGAUGAUGACGAUUCUGACAUUGAGCUGGAACUCGAUGAUGAUGACGAUGAUGACGACGAGACGGAUGACGACGACUACUCAGCUGAUAUCUCAUGCGCGGAGGAUGAUGUAGAUGCCAUCGCAGAUUUCGAGCGGGGCCGUACGCGAACGAUACGCCCCUUGGCGCGGCUAUGCGGGAAGUUACAGAUGUGUGGAGUAUGACAGGCAUCUGACAAGAGUCCUUACGAAUAGUUCAAUGUAUUUCAUAAUGAUUUGGUCUAUCUUUAUUCAUUCUGUACGAUACCCCCAUUUUCACAAAGUUUGAGAAUUUCACCGUGUGGCGCCCCGCUAUCCUAAAGUGCGCUUAUGUGAUACCAAAGUUCUCGCCGUAAUCCAUACAAUUGUCCCUCCUGUGUCAGAUACAAAAGUCGAGACAGA